AUGGCAGCAGCCGUCUCAGAUUCGGAGUGGAUCGAGAGGCCCCUGUGUCCAUCAGGAGCGGCCUCGUCUCGAUCCAGAGGCGCCCUGAAUGUUCUCAAGGGCUCUGGUGCGGGCUUCAGGUGGAACUGCAAGCUGAGGGAACACCAGAGGAUCCACACUGGGGAGAGGCCCUAUGAGUGUGGGGAAUGUGGGAAGAGCUUCACCAGCAGCUCCCACCUGAUCCAGCACCAGGUGGUCCACACCAGGGAACGGCCCUAUGAGUGCUUGGAUUGUUGGAAGAGCUUCGGCCGGAUCUCCGAACUGAGGGUACACCAGCGCACCCACACUGGGGAGAGGCCCUACGAGUGUUCUGACUGUGGGAAGAGGUUUCCAAACAGCUCCGAUCUCCUCAGACAUCAGCGCAUUCACACGGAUGAGAGGCCCCUCCGCUGCUCCGACUGCGGGAAGGGCUUCAAAUACAACUCCACCCUCAUCAGGCACCGGCGCAUCCACACCGGGGAGAGGCCCUACGGGUGUCCCCAGUGUGAGAAGAGCUUCUUCAGCAGCUCUGCCUUGACCCAACACCAACGGAGGCACCACUAAGGGAAGCCCUGCGAGUGCCCCGAGUGC